AUGUCGAAUAGGCUCACGGACUUAACCAACUACGCCAGAUCAGCAAUGACGGGGAGGACGCCAACAGAACCUGGCCAAGAACCGCAACCGGUGCCAGCCCAGUCUCAACCCAAGCAACAAAGUCGCCCAGAAGAGACCGGAGGAGGAAGCAAGGAGAAGAACAAAGCCCCUAAGAAGACGAUCCCAGCGUCGGACCGCGAAACCAGGUCGUCAUCAAAAGCACCAGCGGAGCCGACCUCCACGGGCGGGGAUCGACCAACUCCUAUGGAAGGUCCGUCGACCAAGAGCAGUGGCUCAGCAAACGAGGGAACUGCCGUUGCAGACCGCUACAGAUCCCUGUUAGGAGAUAAACCAAAGGGCUACAACCCUGCCACAAGCCUCAUUGAGACCGACGAGGUAGAGAUGUUAACCCCACCAGGCCAAAUGGAGACCGAGACCAGGAUCAAAGAACGGAUGGUCCAAAUGAUCAACCGGGCUCUUGCAGCGGAGGACGCCGGCGAUCUUGAUUGGGCAGCAAGGUUCUUCAACAUCGCUGAAGGUCUUGUCAGCUCUUGA